AAAAAAUCCACUUUGCCAGGUUCUUUGUUUCAUUCUCUUCUUUCAAUAAUAGAAUCAGUAACCUGGUGAGAUAAUGCUUUCAUAUGUUGAUAUUUUUUCAGUGAGUUUUCCAAAACCUCGUAUUUCCAUUUGCCCUGUUGGUGAGGUGACCUGGGGUCAGACUGUUGAAAUCACAUGUUCAGUCUCAACUCAGGUUUUAGGUGGAUCGUUCACUCUGAGUCAAAUUCAGGGUUCAUUCACGAGGAGCCAAACCUCCAACACAAACUCUGCUACCUUCAGUAUUCCUAAUGUGGACUUUGAUAACGAGGGAUUGUACCAGUGUCAGUAUAAGAAAAGAGGCUCAAGUCGUGAAUUCAGCUCCCCAUUAAGUGAUUCGGUCAGACUCUCUGUUACUGAACGUAAUCAGUGCCGGGGGAGGUUAUGGUCAACGCGAAACCCAAACAAACAAAAAACGCUUCAAGCGGAAGCCAGAAAGAAUCCUGACCGUCUGACGACGAAAGAAAAGUGGAUAAACAAUGGCAUCAGCAACAUCUCUGCCCAAGGACAACACUUCCUUCUCUCUGGCUUUGCUCAAACAGCUGAGCAACAACAACAAGACGGGAAACAUCUUUUUCUCCCCGUUCAGCAUCUCUUCAGCCCUGGCUAUGGUGAUGCUGGGGGCCAGAGGCAACACAGCCACACAGAUGUCAGAGACAUGCAGGGUUCAUGUGACCAAUCAUUGCCAGAGGCUCCAUUUACCUUCAGUGUUGCUAACAGACUGUACAGAGAGAAGUCCUGCCCCUUUACUCAGGAAUUCUUAAUACAAAGCAAGAAACAUUACAGCACAGAGCUGGAGUCUGUGGACUUCAAGACCAGGUCUGAAGAGGUCAGGAUUGAUGUCAACAACUGGGUGCAGCAACACACACCAGCAGGUAACAUCACAGAGGUGGUGGAUGAAGAUGAUUUGAAUGAACUGACCAGGCUGGUGUUGUUCACUGCCACCCACUUCAGAGGCAGCUGGAUUAAAGAUUUCUCGUGGUCUGAAACUUAUGAUGCUCACAUUUGGCUCAAGAAGAAUGACUCAAAGGCUGUGAAGAUGAUGAAACAGGAAGAAGACUUUGCGUGUACCUUCAUCGAAGAAGCAAACUGCAAAAUUCUAGAGAUGCCUUACAGUGGGGAGGAAGUGAGCAUGCUCAUCUUUUUACCUGCAGAGAUCGAGGAUGAUACAACAGGACUGGAGAAGCUGGAGAAGGAGCUGACCUAUGAGAAAUUUGUAGCUUGGACUCAUCCAGGCCAGAUGAGUACAUGUUGUCUUGAUGUGAGGCUGCCUCAGUUUACACUGGAGGAGACGUAUGACCUGAACACAGUCCUGAGCAGCAUGAGCAUGGUGGACGUCUUUGAUCACACAAAGUGUGACUUCUCUGGUGAGACAUACGUUUGCAGUUUAUUGAUGUUUAUGAACAGAGUGUAGAGCAACAAUGCUCCAGCAGUGAAAGAGUUCUCCAAAAGACCAUGGAGCUGCUUAUUUCAGGAGAUUGUUUGUUUUGUUUGAUGAUCAUACUACCAUAAAUAGACAUUUAUUUAUUCACUUCACAUAAAAUGUAAUAAAUAAAUCAUAUAAUACAAAAACCAAUUAU